AUUCUAAAAAAUUCGUUUCGUCAAGACUGCGGAAUUAUUUUAACAUUAGGUUUUAUUCAUGUCGUGUGGAAACUGCUGAUACCAACAGUAAACUAGCCGGUCAGCUGACCGAGCGAAACAAGCGGAGAGAGACCGGAAGUAGCUCGCAAGGCAAAGAUGAGGAAAAACAAAGGGAAACCCAGUACUAUUGAAAAGGAGUUUGUGUUUGAGUUCAAGGCAGGAAAAGAUGACUGUGUCCUUAAAGUGCCACUUCAGUUUCCAUUUCAAGAAAAUGUGAAUGAUCUUCAUGGACGUAUAAUGCUGCUUCAUAAUAUGCCCUGCUUUGUUGAAAAUGACUUGAAAACAAGGCUGGUCAGUUUUAUAGAAAGGGAAACAUUAGAGGACUAUGACAGGGAAGCAGAGGCAGCCCUUGAGAGACUCACAACAGGACAGGUGGACAUCAACAUACUUACAAAUUCAUGGGCCAAGGCCUAUUCUGAGACUACAUUGGAACAUGCCCGUCCCGAGGAACCCAGCUGGGACGAGGAUUUUGCAAGUGUGUACCACGAGCUGAUCCACUCUCCUGCCUCCGAGACCCUACUCAACCUAGAACACAGUUACUUUGUCAGUGUUUCUGAGCUCAUCAGUGAGAGAGACAUGGAGCUCAAGAAACUUCAGGAAAGGCAGGCUGCAGAGAUGGAUAAAGUCAUGCAGGAGCUUGGGAAGACUUUGUGUGACCAAGAUGUGAAUACUGUGGCGGCUCAGCACUUUGACGCACAGCAGGUACUAGAGAACAAGUGGGCCAGUGAACUAAAACAAGUCACGGGUAUCCAGAAACAAGAAUAUCAGGAGUGGGUCAUGAAACUUCAUCGAGACCUUCAGAAUCCCAAUAACAGCUCGAUCAACGAGGAGAUCAAGGUGCAGCCGGGACAGCGGGGGGAGCCAGGCGAGACGGGGGCUCGACUUUUCGAGGAGCAGCGACAGCUGGAGGAGAGCUUCACCAUCCACUUAGGGGCUCAACUUAAGACCAUGCACAACCUGCGGCUGGUGAGAUCCCACGUGCUGGACUUUUGUAAGCACCGUCGCCAUAGCAGCAGUGGGGUAAAACUGCGGAGGUUGCAAACUGCUCUCUCGCUGUACUCCACAUCGCUCUGUGGCCUUGUGCUGUUGGUUGACAACAGGGUCAACUCAUACAGUGGCAUCAAAAGAGAUUUCGCCACGGUGUCCCAAGAGUGCACAGAUUUCCACUUCCCUAGGGUGGAUGAGCAGCUGGAGAUCAUCCAGCAGGUGGUGCUGUACGCUCGAGCUCAACGCAGCAGCAAGCAGAAAGAGCAGCCCGAGAUGCCAAGAAAUGGAGGCAGCGAAGACAAAAAUAAGAUUAUAGAUCGAAAUUCUUCCAAUAUUCUCCCAGGUGAAUUCUACAUCACCCGCCAUUCAAACCUGUCUGAGGUUCAUAUCGUAUUCCACCUCUGUGUUGACGAUAACGUACGCUCUGGAAACAUCACAGCCCGAGACCCGGCCAUCAUGGGCUUGAGGAACAUCCUAAAAGUCUGCUGCACCCAUGACAUCACCACCAUCACUAUCCCACUGCUGCUGGUACAUGACAUGUCUGAGGAGAUGACCAUUCCCUGGUGUCUGAAACGUGCUGAACUUGUCUUCAAGUGUGUAAAAGGUUUUAUGAUGGAAAUGGCAUCCUGGGAUGGAGGAAUCUCACGGACUGUCCAGUUCCUUGUUCCACAGAGUAUCUCAGAGGACAUGUUUUAUCAGCUGAGCACCAUGCUGCCUCAGAUCUUCAGAGUCUCUUCAACUCUCACGUUAACAUCAAAACGCUGACCAUAGCAACCUACAUAAACAAACACGAGCAACCUUGGCUGGCAACCCGUGUUUGUUAAACCUCAACUGGCAACGUGGAGGACAUCCCAUCACGUUAGGGCUCGAUUUUCAGAAAUACGAACCGUAAGCUGUCAUUUCGUGUGACAAAUACGCCUGUUGUGAGAUGUCCUGAUUAUUUCAAUCAUGAUUUUUUUUACUGGCAUCCAUUUGUAUUUCCGAAUCAUAUAAUUAAAUAUUAUAGGGAGUUUUCAUACUGUGAUACUGGGACUGGCAUUCACCUAGUGCUGCAUGGGAAAUAGGUACUGCCAAGACAAGCUGUGUAUUCGUGCUGCAUUGCAGUCAACCACAUUUGGCCCCCGGUGUCUUUAUUACCGACCUGAAACACCAGAUGGCGCUGUUUUGGAGCCUUUUACAGGAAGUUUGAGGUAACCAAAGCUGCUGAUUCCAAAUGUCAAACGAAACCAACCGUCCGGGUAUUAUAAGUGAUUUACCAUGUGUUUGUAUAUUAGGUGGCAGUUGUAUGCACAGGCACAUAUGCAGUUAUAUUUAAACAGCGUGAACUUUAAAAAGUGGGGCAUUGCUUGUGUUUCCCAAUGCAUAUAAGCCGUUUCAUCUGUGUGUUUUUUAACAAAUGUUUACCUUUUAUUGAAAGCAUUUUCUUAAAAAUGUAUCUUCGUAAUGUUGAACAGACUAGAGGGGGGUUUUGUAAUAUUUAUUUUUUUUAAUUACCUUUACAAAGAGGUUAACUAGUGUAAGUUAAGUCUUUGGAAAGACUUUUCUUAAUGAGUACAUUAGCAUAUAAAGUACCCAAGCACUGCUAAUCUGAGGGUUAAAGCAUUUGCAUUAGCAUCAAUCAGUCUUUUGUCCCAUAACACUGACAUGGUAAUGACAUGCAUGCAUCAUUGCUAAAUGUCAUUUUGGUCAAUGUAAAGUCAGGCAGUCUGAUGUAAAUACAGCAGAUCCAUCAAUUGUAUUGUAACAUAUUGAUAUUAAUGUAUUAUUAAUAAUUUGUUUGGUUCCAUCACUGUCCUGCUAUUAUACAUAAUAAUUAUGUAAAUAAAACAUGGUUAAGUAUAAAACAUG